GAGGAAAGACCUGGGAAAGGCUCAGCUGUACUGCAGAGAGAAGUACAUUGACCUGGCCUUCAUCAGCAACCAAGACGAAGAGAAGAAGACGUGGGAGGAGGCUCUGGAUCACUGCAGGAAGCACUACACUGACCUCACCAGCCUGCUCUCUGAGAAUGAACAUCUCCUCGUCCAGAGAAUGAUGAAUUCAAAGGGGGCCCAGACAGACCAUGUAUGGACGGGACUGCGCUUCCUGGCCAGCGCGUGGCUGUGGGCGAACGGGGACCCCCUGGAGUACCAGGCCUGGACCGGGGGAAGGCUGCCCCACUGCCCCGCCCAACACCUCCGCUGUGGGACCCUGCCCAGAGAGGGAGAGCUUUGGGGAACCAGGGACUGUGAGGAGAGGAGGAACUUCCUCUGCUCCACAUGA